CUCUGUCGCCGACGCAUUAGCGUUAGGAAGUUGCCUCUUAAAGAUCGAGUUAUAAACGGGUAUCCGACGAGUUAUAACAAAUUUAUUGUAUCUGCGGAUGUGUUUCAUUUGGUAAGUCGACACGAACGAGAGUAAGGGAAACGGUAUAUAAAAGGAGAAAACGCAAACGUGAAAGGACCAAGACGAAAUGAGAAAAUAAUUCGAGCUGCUACGGUGCUCGCGAUUUUUACGCGGAGGCAUUAUCGACAGCAACCGAGGAUAGCCAAUACUUUUAUGCGUCAACGGUUGCUGAAGAGAACUUUAUUUCCAAUUUAACAGUGACGCAAAGGCUCGAACAAUAAAUUUCUACUGCCAUGGAGAAAGCAAAGGGAGAGACAAUAAACAUGCAACUCAUCGAUUCUCAAAGUCCAUACAAAGUUAACAACGAGGUAGCAACUAGUGGUCUAAGUACACCGGAUGCUCCUACGUCACCGACAGUAUCCGAGGAAUCCUAUGACCCUCAUAAACAUCGCAAUGUACCGAAUCCAACCUCAAACGCCGAAACGUUGAUACACUUGUUAAAGGGAAGCUUGGGUACCGGUAUUCUAGCGAUGCCAAAUGCAUUUUGUAAUAGUGGUCUUCUGACUGGUGCAGUAGCGACCGUCAUUAUUGGAACUUUAUGUACAUACUGCUUACACGUACUUGUCAGGGCGCAAUACAAACUAUGUAAACGGUUAAGAGUUCCUAUACUCAGUUAUCCAAUGAGUAUGAAGUACGCUCUCGAACAAGGUCCUCAAUGUAUAAAAUGGUUCUCGCCGUAUGCACCAGGACUAGUAGAUGGCUUUAUGAUAACAUAUCAAUUGGGAAUUUGCUGUGUUUACAUAGUAUUUGUAGCCAAAAAUAUAAAGCAGGUGACAGACCAGUACUGGGAACCAUUGGAUAUACAAAUCCAUAUGUUCAUUUUGUUGCUUCCGCUGAUAUUGAUGAACUACAUUAGAAAUCUAAAACUAUUGGCGCCAUUUUCUACGUUAGCCAAUAUAAUAACCUUCAUUGGAUUGGGAAUGAUAAUAGCUUAUAUGUUCGAGGAUUUACCGUCUUUAAGCGAAAGACAAAUGUUUGGUACUGUGAGAAAUUUUGCUCUUUAUUUUGGUACGACUUUGUUCGCAUUGGAGGCUGUCGGUGUGAUAAUAGCUUUGGAAAAUAAUAUGAAGACCCCGCAAUAUUUUGGAGGAUAUUGUGGUGUUCUCAACAUUGGUAUGAGUGUUAUCGUUACUCUUUACAUUCUUAUGGGUUUCUUUGGUUAUUUGAAAUAUGGAUCGGACGCUGGCGGAAGCGUUACGUUCAAUUUACCGCAAGAUCAAGUGAUGGCUCAAUCUAUCAAUAUCAUGUUUGCAAUAGCAAUUUUUAUAACUUACGCGUUACAAGGAUACGUACCUGUUGAAAUUAUCUGGAACACUUAUCUUAAUCAACGUAUACAAAAUCGUAAACUCUUUUGGGAAUACGUUUGUAGGACUGUCGUUACAUUGGUAACGUUUACGUUGGCGAUCACUAUACCAAGAUUGGGCCUAUUCAUAUCUCUUUUUGGAGCUUUAUGUCUAUCUGCCCUUGGAAUAGCCUUUCCAGCCAUAAUCGAAAUAUGUGUACUCUGGCCAGACGAGUUAGGUCCAUUCAAGUUAUUCCUAAUAAAGGAUCUCUGUUUGAUAUUGUUUGGUUUGAUAGGUCUCGUUGUUGGAACUUACGUCAGUAUAGUCGACAUUAUACUCUCGUUCAGUCCUGGUGCCAUAAACCAGAGCGAUUAAAAUUGAUCGAUCGAAAUUUGUUCUAGAGAAGAAAUAAGAACAAAAUAAAAAUGAAAGAUAAAGAAAGAGAAAAAAAGAGAGAGAGAGAGAGAGAGAGAGAGAGAGAGAGAGAGAGAGAGAGAGAGAGAGAGAGAGAGAGAGAUUGGCACGCAACGUAAAGCUUUUUCAAUUUUUAGAGAAGAAUCACGUGCCGUAGAUAUAAUUAACCAAUAAUGUACCUUCUUAUACGUAUAAUAUGACCAGAGAGAGACUAAGAAUCUCAAAGCAUUCGGGAAAUGCUUCUUGUAUCACCGCCAUUAGUAUACUUAGACUGUUCGAAUCUCUAUGACGAUAAAAAUUACUUUCUAGAGAUAUAUAUAAAUACAUAUAUAUAAAUAUAAUUAUUGUAUAUUAUAUAUAGAAUGAUUAUAUAUAUAUAUACAUAAACAUGAAUAAUUAUAUAUACAUAUACAUAAUUAUAUAUAUAUAUAUAUAUAUAUAUAUAUAUAUAAUAAAGAUGCGAUUUUAGUUAGGAUAGAUUGUUAAUUGUACGCGUUUUAACGAUCCCCAUGAAAUGAACGAUAUAUAACUUCGCUUCAAAACUGUGAUCGAAGAUUUCUAUUGACGCAUUCGCUUCGCGAGAAGAGAGAUCGAUCCAUUUUUCUUUUUUAUUAUAUCUGUUUUUUUUAUUUUCUAUUCCUUUCUUUUUUUUUAAUUUUAUUUUUAACUAACUAUAAAAAAAGAGAGACAAAAGGAAAGAGAAAAGUGAAAAGAGAGAGAGAAAGAUGGAGAGUGAAUAAAAAGUAAUAAGAGAGAAAGUAAGAAGAAAGAGAAAGAAAAAAAAUUGUUACUAUUGUUGUUGUUAUUAUUGUUAUAAAAGACUAUGCUAUAGUUAUCUACACGUAACAUGUCGACGUUUUAAAAAUUAAUUAGAGAUCUAAUUGUUAUAUGAAAAAAAAAUAAUUUCGUCGUUUCAACACGUCGUACUCUCGAAUGGCUUUUAAAUGAAAGGAAAAAUAAAAAAGAAAAGAAAAGAAAGGGUAGAAAAGGGAAGGCAAAAAUAAAAAAAUGAAAAGAAAAGAAAUUCUUCGUCGCGGCGAUGCGAGUACUUAGAAAUAUUAUGAAACGUGCUUAUUGCCGCGAAGCUUUUUUUUCAAAUGCAUCAUCACUCGAACAAGAAUGGUGGUAAGCUUUUCGAAGAGAAUUUUUAGCUCACUGUUGACAGAUGAAAGUAAUAUACGUAAAUAAUAAGUCACACUCUAUCGUAUAAAAUACAUGCAUAAAUACAUACCUACAUAUAUACAUACAUACAUAUAUAUACAUAUAUAUAUAGGUAUAUAUAUAUAUAUAUUGUAUUUUUAAUAACAAAUUUAUUAUAGCAAUCGCUGACACACAGUCGCACAGUGCAGGGUAAAUUAAAGUAUUAAAUUAAAAAAAAAAAAAAAUAAAAAUAAGCCAAAAAAAGCAAAAAAAAAAAGGAAAAAAUAGAAAGAAAAAAAAGAAAGAAAGAAAUAAAAAGGAAGAAAGAAAGAAAAAAGAAAGAAAGAAGGAAGGUGGAAGAAAUAAAAUCGAAAAAGAGAACAGCUGAUAUAGAGCAAUGCCUGCAAAUUCGAAUUUUCUUUUCUUUCCUUUUCUUAUCCUUUUUUUUUCUUUUCUUGGAUUUUUGUUUUGCCUUUUUAUCGCUUUUAUUUUAUUUAAAUCUCUCAUUUAUCUGAAAAUCAUGCGAGAAAUAUAUACAUAUAUAUAUAUAUAUAUAUAUAUAUAUAUAUAUAUACGCACACACACAUACAUAUUUUCUUUUUUUUUCCUUUGAUCAUAGGUAUACGUAAGAACUGGCGUUGAUUUAAAGCUGGCACUUGCGCGACGCAUGAAAAUAAAUAUAUAACUUAGAAUAAAAAAUAUAAAAUGUAGGAAAAAAAAGAAAAAAAAAGAACGAUAAUGAAUAAUAAUAAAAAUGAAUAUUAAAGGAAAUAAAAACAAUUAUAUUAUCGAAUAGCAUACACGCAAAAAAUCGCCGGGACUUACGUCUUAUAAUCGAGAUCAGGCUCGUUUCAAAAGCAAUCUCUUUAUCGUUGUAAUACCAUCUGUAUUAUCAGCUUACAGCAUACAUAUCUGUAAACUCGAUUUAUUUCAAACAUUGUGAAGAUUUCGAUUGAAUAAACGAUCUAUUCUUACCUGUUCUCUCUA